AUGCAACAGAAAUUAUAUUUGUCGAUCUUAAAUAAUUUUGAAAUUUUAUACAAUUCAAAAAAGAAUUACGAUGUUAUCAUACAAACUAGUGAAGAAAAUAAAGUGAUCUAUGCUCAUUCACUUGUACUUUGUUGUCAGUCAAGUUAUUUUGAUACGGCAUUUUCUGAUAAUUGGGCUGAAAAAGAAAAUGGAAAAUUUAUAUUUAAGAAACCAAACGUUUCGUAUCGUAUUCUUAAAAUUAUUAUCAGAUAUUUAUAUUGUGGACAAAUAGAUUUAACCAUCCGAAGUGGAUUAGAUAUUUUAAAAUUAUUAGCUGCAGCGGAUGAAUUUGGAAUAAACACACUUAGCGAAUAUAUUAAAGAAUUUUUAAUUAAAAAUUUAAAAGAUUUCUUACAAAAUGAUUCUCUCAAGUUUCUUGAAUUUGUUUUUCAACACGAAACCUUUGCUGUAUUGAACGACUACUGUUUGAAAACAAUUUGUCAGGAACCGAUGAUUUUAUUUGGAACUGAUAAGAUAUUGGCACUACCUGAACAUAUAUUAGAAACAUUGCUUAGACGAGAUGAUCUUGCACUUGAUGCAAUUGAAGUAUGGAAUAACUUGAUCAAAUGGGUUCACGCACAACAACCUACUGUUAAUAAAGAUCCUUCUAAGUGGACUAAGGAUGAAUUAACUUUGAUGGAAAGGACAAUCUUAAAAUUUAUUUCAUUAGUUAAGUUUUACGAUAUACCCUCUGAAGAAUAUUAUGAAGAAGUAAUGCCCUAUGAAGAUUUGUUGCCAAAAAAAUUAAGAAAUGAAAUCUUAAAGUCUUAUUUGGCCCCAGGAAAACAAAUGAAAUCACCAUCCAGGUCGUCCGUUCUUGUAAAUGAUGAACAUCUAGCUCAAUUUGCAAGUUGGAUAUAUAAAAAAGACGAAAUUUUACAAAAAAUUCCAUACAAAUUUAAUGUUAUCUUUCGUGCUAGUAUAGAUGGUAAUACAGCUGCAGAUUUCCAUGCCAAAUGUAAUGAUAAAGGAGCAACUAUUGUUGUUGCAAAAAUUAAGGGAUCAAAUAAAGUAGUUGGAGGAUAUAACCCACUUGAUUGGAAUGGAAAUGGCGAUAAAAGUACGCCAGAUAGUUUCUUAUUUAUAUUCGAAGAUUAUAAUAAUAUUUGUACUGGUAGAAUAGGUAGAGUAAUUCGUGAAUCACAUGCUGUACGUUGUCUUACUGAUUAUGGUCCACUUUUUGGAUCUUAUAACCGUGGUAGUAAUGAUAUAAUGGUAACUAGAGAUGGUAAAUGGAGUUCUGUAACAAAUUCAUAUCCUAAUAUUAACAUUCCGAGAAAUUUUGUAAUUGAUGAUUAUGAAGUUUUUCAGGUGAUUAAAAAGUAA